GCUGAUUGGCGUGGUCGUGGCGGGCGAGCGCUUGCCACUCUGUGAGGAAGGCGAUUGCGUGGCCAUCGCCGACACGGGCACCAGCCUCCUGGGCGCGCCGCGCGCCGUGACGCAGCGCAUGCAUUGGCUCCUGGCGCGGAAGGUCCCCGAGAACCCGCCCGAGAUCGACUGCCGCACCUUCCCCGGACCCGAGUUGGUUUUUGAGCUGGAGGGCGGUGUGAAUGUGACCAUCGGCGCUGAGGACUACUCGCGCGCCACGGGCAUGCGAGUGCUGAACAACAAGACCAACUCUUCUCAGCUCAUCUGCCGUGCCUCCUUGCUGCCGGUGGACGACGGCGAGGUGUUGGGCCCCAAGGCCUUCAUCUUGGGUGAGCCUGCGCUCCGCAAGUACUACACCGCCUACGACUGGAAGCGCCAGCGCAUUGGCUUUGGGCUUUCAGUGCAGCCCAACCCCGAGGACUACGAGGACGCGGCCCACGAGAUCUAUGGAGCACCGCCGUCGGGCCCUCCGACGCCCACUGAGGUGGUUGUGUAAAGGCGUCAUUUUGCUUCGUCUCGGAUCUUCCGAAAGCACCGAACAAGACC